AUGAACUGAAGGAUGCCGCCCAGGGAGAGCAUUGCCUGAGGUCCCAUCAUGCAGGCCUUCCCACAAGGGCCUGGCAGCAUGACAAGGUGAAGGCAGAGUAUGUGCAUCUCAACCCCCAACUCACCCUUGUGACCGGAGAGCGCGAUUUGGCUGUGAAGGAGAAACACCAGCUCCAAGCCAAGCUGGAGAACCUGGAACAGGUCCUGAAGCAUAUGCGAGAGGCGGCUGAACGGCGGCAGCAGCUGGAGUUGGAGCAUGAGCAGGCCCUGGCUGUUCUCAGCGCCAAGCAGCAGGAAAUUGACCUUCUGCAGAAGGCUCAGGUUGAGGCUAAGAAGGAGCAUGAAGGUGCCGUGCGGCUGCUAGAGAACACCCUGGACAGCAUGCAGUCCAAGGUUCGAGAGCUGGAAGAGAAAUGCCGGACUCAGAGUGAGCAGUUCCACCUGCUGUCCCGGGACCUGGAGAAGCUCCGGCAGCACGCUGGGAAGGUUGACCUGCUGGGUGGCAGCGCGGUGGCCCCCCUGGACAUCUCCACGGCCCCCAGCAAGGCUUUCCCGCAGUUCAUGAAUGGCCUAGCCACCUCCCUCGGCAAAGGUCAGGAGAGUGCGAUCGGAAGCAGCUCUGCAACCCGUGAAUAUAUCUGGCCUCUUCCGCAGCCCCGUGACAGGCCGGAGCCUCUGUCUGCCAAGCCCACCUUCCUGUUGAGGUCCGGUAGCCCAAGAUGCAGAUCUGAGUCCGAUAUGGAGAAUGAACAGAAUUCUAAUACCUCAAAGCAGAGAUACUCGGGGAAGGUCCACCUCUGUGUCGCCCGCUACAGCUACAACCCCUUCGAUGGACCCAAUGAGAACCCGGAAGCUGAGCUGCCCCUCACGGCGGGAAAAUACCUCUACGUCUAUGGAGACAUGGAUGAGGAUGGGUUCUAUGAAGGAGAGCUCCUGGAUGGCCAGAGGGGCCUGGUGCCCUCCAACUUUGUGGACUUUGUGCAGGACAACGAGUCUCGGUUGGCAAGCACGCUGGGGAGCGAGCAGGACCAGAACUUCAUCAACCAUUCCGGCAUUGGCCUGCAGGGAGAGCACAUCCUGGACCUCCACUCCCCGACCCACGUGGACGCGGGCAUCACCGACGACGGGGCCGGGACGCUGGAUGUGAACAUCGACGACAUCGGAGAAGACAUCGUGCCUUACCCCAGAAAAAUCACCCUCAUCAAACAACUCGCCAAAAGUGUCAUUGUGGGCUGGGAGCCCCCGGCGGUGCCACCGGGAUGGGGAACCGUGAGCAGCUACAACGUCCUGGUGGACAAGGAGACGCGCAUGAGCCUCACGCUGGGGAGCAGAACUAAGGCCCUCAUCGAGAAGCUCAACAUGGCGGCCUGCACCUACCGGAUCUCCGUGCAGUGUGUCACCAGCAGGGGCAGCUCAGACGAGCUGCAGUGCACGCUGCUGGUGGGCAAGGAUGUGGUGGUGGCCCCGUCCCACCUGCGGGUGGACAACAUCACGCAGAUCUCCGCCCAGCUCUCCUGGCUGCCCACCAACAGCAACUACAGCCAUGUCAUCUUCCUCAACGAGGAGGAGUUCGACAUUGUCAAGGCCGCCAGGUACAAGUACCAGUUCUUCAACCUCAGGCCAAACAUGGCGUACAAGGUGAAGGUUCUGGCCAAGCCCCACCAGAUGCCGUGGCAGCUCCCACUGGAGCAGAGGGAGAAGAAGGAGGCCUUCGUGGAGUUCUCCACAUUGCCUGCAGGACCCCCAGCACCCCCACAAGACGUCACUGUCCAGGCUGGGGCGACCCCAGCCACCAUCCGGGUCUCCUGGAAACCACCCGUGCUGACACCCACCGGGCUGUCCAACGGGGCAAACGUUACCGGCUACGGCGUGUAUGCCAAAGGGCAGAGGGUGGCUGAGGUCAUCUUCCCCACGGCAGACAGCACAGCCGUGGAGCUCGUGCGACUGCGGAGCUUGGAGGCCAAGGGCGUGACCGUGCGGACCUUCUCCGCCCAAGGCGAGUCCAUGGACUCCGCUGUCGCUGCCGUUCCCCCCGAGCUCCUGGUGCCUCCUACUCCCCACCCGAGAUCUGCACCCCCAUCGAAGCCAUUAGCAAGUGCUGGAGUCCCCGAUACCAAAGACGAGCACCUGCGUCCCCACGCCAGGAUGGACGAGGCCUGGGAGCAGAGCCGCGCACCCGGCCCUGUGCACGGGCACACGCUGGAGCCGCCCGUGGGCCCCGGAAGGCGGUCGCCCUCACCCAGCCGCAUCCUGCCGCAGCCACAGGGCACCCCCGUGUCCACCACAGUCGCCAAGGCCAUGGCCCGGGAGGCCGCACAGAGGGUGGCCGAGAGCAGCAGGUUAGAGAAAAGGAGCGUCUUCCUAGAGAGAAGCAGUGCGGGCCAGUACGCUGCCUCUGACGAGGAGGACGUCUACGACUCCCCUGGCUUCAAGAGGAGGGGCGCCUCGGUGGACGACUUCCUGAAAGGCUCUGAACUCGGCAAGCAGCCCCACUGUUGCCAUGGAGACGAGUACCACACGGAGAGCAGCCGGGGGUCUGACCUCUCAGACAUCAUGGAGGAAGACGAGGAGGAGCUGUAUUCCGAAAUGCAGCUGGAAGAUGGGGGAAGGAGGCGGCCCAGCGGCACGUCCCACAAUGCCCUCAAGGAGUGCACUGAGCAUAGGACCUCUGAAGGCGCUUUCUGGGAGCAGCCCGAGUUUCCCCACCAGCCCCAGCACAGGAAGAGACUUUUCAGUAUCCCCGAAGUAGCGGAAGAGGACGGGGAGUGCUGCGGGCUGCUGCACAAGCAGGGUGCGGGGCCGGCCUCCAGGGCCAGGACCGGGCUGGCCAGAGAGCGCAGGCCCGGCAGGCCCUACCGGGGCGACGAGGGCCCUCGGGGCUCCUGGCUCCCGGUGAAGCACAGGGGCUCGGGGGCUGUCCCCCACGCGGAGGACUUCCUUCUAGAAGACAGGGGCUGUCGGUUCAGCCGCUCAGCCACUCGGAGCCCGGACAGCGGCCUGGACUGUGGCAGUGAAGAGGAGGAGUCGAGGUUUGGUUUUGGAAACACCGCGGCCAUGUGCAGCCCCGGCCCCAGCCACUGUCCCUGCAGGAGGGCCCUGAGGCCGCUGCUGGCCCGGCGGCGGACGCUGACCCGGCAGAACAGCGUCGAGGAGGACUUUGGGGAGCAGGUGGGCCUUGGUGGCAUCCUCAGGAGCAACGACCCCCAGCCCAGCCCGGAGAGGCUGCUCCCCAGGAAGCACAGCUGGGGCGAGCCCACCGAGCACCAAGAUUUUCGGGGUGUCUGGAAGAAAAGCAUAACCAUGCCUGACAGUAGGGCAGCUGCCCAACACGCAAAGCCACCUCCCAGAGUCGUACAAGGCUCCCCGAUUUUAGGGAACCCAGCCUCUGCAGGACGGGUGGAUCACAUGGGCCGGAGGUUUCCCCGUGGCAGCGCUGGUCCCCAGAGGUCGAGGCCCGUCACGGUCCCAUCCAUCGACGAGUACGGGCGAGACCGCCUUUCUCCAGACUUCUACGAAGAGUCAGAAACCGACCCCGGUGCGGAGGAGCUCCCGGCCCGGAUCUUUGUGGCUCUAUUUGACUACGACCCACUCACCAUGUCCCCAAACCCCGAUGCCGCGGAGGAGGAGCUUCCCUUUAAGGAAGGCCAGAUCAUCAAGGUUUAUGGCGAUAAAGAUGCCGAUGGAUUCUACCGUGGGGAAACAUGUGCCCGGCUUGGCCUUAUUCCUUGUAACAUGGUCUCUGAAAUACAAGCAGAUGAUGAGGAGAUGAUGGAUCAGCUUUUCAGACAGGGUUUCCUCCCUCUGAACACACCUGUGGAGAAAAUAGAGAGAAGCAGAAGAAGUGGCAGGCAUCAUUCAGUAUCAACUCGGAGAACGGUGGCCCUGUAUGACUAUGACCCCAGAGAAAGCUCGCCCAACGUGGAUGUUGAGGCUGAACUUACAUUUUGCACAGGAGAUAUUAUUACAGUUUUUGGUGAAAUUGAUGAAGACGGAUUUUAUUAUGGGGAGCUGAAUGGGCAGAAAGGCCUUGUGCCCUCAAACUUCUUGGAAGAAGUGCCUGACGAUGUCGAAGUCUAUCUUUCUGAUGUUCCAUCCCACUACUCUCAAGACACACCAAUGCGCUCAAAGGCAAAAAGGAAGAAGAGUGUUCAUUUCACACCUUAAUCAGGCAAUGUAGCCUUCACGUAAGUGAGCAACUGAAGAUACCGAUAAAGAUACCAACUUAAGCUACCUUAAACGGGCCAAUGUGGUAGACUUAAGGCUUCCUUGUGGGGUUAAAAAAAUAAGAUAAAAAGAAAUAUGUCUCAAAAACUUAUUGGACCUAAAUAAUUAGAAUAUUACUUGGUCUCAGUUGUAAAGCAACUGAAUUUAUAGUGAAGCAAAACAUCUUUAAUAAGCAUUUCCUACUAUUUGCAUUAAGAAUAUUUGAAAGGCCAACAUUGGGAACAUAUUUCUUAACCAGCUAACUGUGUGUUUACAUAGAGAGCUGCAUAUUGCAUUGUUAGCCGCUGUCGGAAAAAGCACAACCUAACAAACAUGUUUACUAUAGGAAGUUCUCCUUUAAAAACUUAACCCAAGGUCAAGCAGAUAAGUAGUGAGCCCGGGUGACCAAGUGUUGGCUCUAAACCUCCAAAUGCUGGCUCCAACUGCCAGAGUGUGUUUUCCUUAAGUAACCAUGCCUCUACCUUAUGAGAGAGCUAUGCUCCUCCUCAAAGCACAAACAUUCUGAGAGAGACGUUGGUGAAGGACGGAUUUGCUGUUGGUAUACCAAUGCAAUACUAAGUUUAUGAAACAUGCAGCUCACAUGAUGCAUUAGACGGAAUAGAUGGUAUCUUCAGGUGUACUUUGGGAUGCUUUACUAGGUGUUUUCCAUUAGAAUUCGACCUUGAUUUUAAAUCCAAGCAAGCUUGAAGCCCCUUGGCUUAUAGCAUUUGCCUGCCGAAUACUGAACGCUCACAUGGCAAAAGCUGCUCUGGAGAGGUGGGGGCCAGAGGAAUGAUGGUGCUCUGUCAACUCAGGCACAUACUUAGCUGUAGAAGGAAGUGAGGCAAAGUCGUCCUGCAAUGUCUACCCCUCUGAAGCACUAUUAAGCACUUAACGUAUACUGAAAUAUUACCAUGCUAUCUACUGAGGAAAGUUCAUGUUCAAUUAUUUGGAAAUAAUGAAAGCAUCCACUAAGGGCCUUUAAGCUUUCUUUGAUUGUAAUUAAGGUUCAUUUUAGUUUUUUUCUUUUUUUUCUUUCAACCAGUGUGCCAUCUCUAAUAUUUCUAUAGUAUAUUAACCAACCCAGGAAUGCACUUUAACAAUAUCAGGAUUUUAUAUAACCAAAUAGUUUCAGAUACAACAAAAUUCCCCUUAAGAACUUUUGCUUUUAAGACUACUGAUGGGUACUCGGCCAACUUUACUAUCAACCUAAAUUGAAAUCAUGUUUCCCCUGCCCUUAGUCUUCAUUUAUGAAGUGAAUUCUUACCUGCCUUAGCUUUGCCAAAGCAACGGCCACCCCGCACUCCCUUGAGACAGAGACACGGACCCCACUCUUUCAUGUCUGGGUCCUCUCUCUGCAUGCUGUGGGGGAGGACCUUUGCUUCUUGUGGCACAGUUUAACCAAAAGAACAAAUGAACCCCCUUGACCUUUCCUGGUGGGAAACGGGGACAGUGCGAUGUUACCAAGUGAAUUCUGUUGUUGGCGCUCACACACUCAAUAAACUGUAACACUGUACCUACUAGGUUCCUCCUGAGGGUUCAGGUACAGCAAGGAGAGCUCCAUCCCCCACAGUCCAUCUCCAUUCGGGGUCACCUACGUCAUCUAUGGGUUCUGGUAGUCCUGGGAGAGGCAGGGAAAU